AAGUAGCCAAAGAGGCCCAUGGUUCAUUCGUUCGCAAUCCAUGUAUCAGGGCACAAUUGCAUAACAGCAGUAUUUCGCUAGAGUCCCCAUUCCUCUGCCCAGCGGUCAAACAGGGAAAUGACUCUGAUCAACUCCAAGUAGAGGCCAUUUCUAGAGGAUUUUCCGCAGUUUAAGUUGUGCCAAACCCAGUCUUUACAAUAAAGCAAUAAAUAUGACUUGCAGAAGGCUCGUUUAAUGGCUGACGAAAGUAUUGCGAGUUUUUAUGGAGGAAAUGAUUCUACAAAACUUAUCAACGAAGAUGAGCAAGAAACAAGAGCGCGGAGAGAGGACUCCUUCUACAACGACCAACCGAUAGGGACUAAGGAUCAGAGAACUUUACUGAGUGCAGAUGAAGAAAAUAGGGAAUCAGUUGAGAAUAAUGAAAAGGAAAAAGAGGGAAAACCCAGCGAUGAAUCGAGUCUUUCGAUCAGUAACAGCGAAAAGCAAUACAUUCACUCAGAAGAGAAAUCACAGAGACCCACCUCUUUGUCAUUCAGUAACGAUCAUGCAACGGGCCAGAGUCGUCACGGGGCUGUCACGCCAAGUCGGCGGCAAGUGUCAUUUAUUCGAGAGGCCAAUCAAAACGAAUCUUGUGACGCAAGCGUUGCCUUUGACAACUCCCAAUUAUCAUCAGACUCUUUGUCACGCGUUCGGGCCAUCACGAGCGGUAGCGUGUAUUACCGAACACAUAGCGAGGCGGAGGAAUGUGAUGAAAACGAACUGAGUUGUUAUCGAAGUAAUUCACAAAUGCGGCGGAGAAGAAGGUACACCAAACGUGGUGCUGUAGUUUCGGAUUCUUUCGUCAAUGAAUGUAUCUGCUGCUGUGUAAUUAUUUAGAGAGCAGGCCGAAAGAACAGUAGUUACACGUGGCUUCGCACAGACCUGUCCAGUGAGGUCUCGACAAGUUACGCAACGACAUCGCCGAGAAAGUUGUCAGUCAAACUCUCAGGAGUGAUCAGCAUCUAUUUUCUCCCUUUAGCAUCAUUUCUGAAUCAAACAUUAAGAUCAUGAGAAUAAAGAGCAUGAUCGCCAACUAAAAUAGCUUGAUUGUUGAACAAACUUUCCUUAUCAACACCAAAGAAAUGUAGAAAGAACAGUGUAGAGAAUGAAUAAGCAUGAUGGUUUUAGCGGUGUUAAGGUUUAAACAAAAGAUUACUAUUACGGAGUACAAACUGUAA